UCGCGCCAGUCUUGAAGGAGCGAGUAUUCGGUGCGGAUCGGUUAAAGGAUCUCUUUUAGACGCACUGGAGAUCAGUUCAUAACGGUGUGUUAAGAAUAAAAGUUGGAGAAAGUCAAAAUAUAUUUUCAGAACGGCUCUGGCUAUUCUGGUGAUCGGGAGUGACGAUACGUACGAUAAAGUGUCUUGCAUUGGGUGGUACCGUUUCUGAAGACUUAAUCAUCACAUUGCCAUCCUGUGACGCUAAUAAAAUUACGAGACUAGAUAUUAGUCAGUGUUUUGUGUGGCAUUCUUGAAGAACGGUUCAUUUUCGCGGCAAAUGAAAGAAAAAUAAUUGAAAAUAGAAAAAACCAAGUGAGAGCCCCUGUGAUAAAGUGUUGCUUCGGUAGGGGAAAAUCCGAUUUUUGGUUCUAUUUGAGUGAAUAAUCCUCGAAUGUGAGAAAGCCAAAAUUGUCAGCAGUCGAAAAAGAACGUUUUACUUUACAUUCGGUUAUUUUUAGUGUAAAAAUGAAGUCGCUCAAUUCCCUUGAACGUUGGUGAUUUCCCGCGUUAACUGUCAGUCAAACUCAUAGCCCCAAUUCACGGAAAGAAAAACAACAAAAGAUUUCGAGGUCGUGAAGAGAGUUUUUUCUUAUCCUAAAUUCAACGCAGCAUACUUCACGGAACACGUUACGGGGAAAACAUAAGUAAAAAUAGAAUUGCAUCUGAUCCAGAGCGAAGUGUAGGAAAUCUAUGCUUUACUGGUGAUUCACUCAUUUGAAGUAAAAAAGAUGUUUCUUAGCGGCUAGCCAGCGCCGCAACCGCACGUGCUUCUGGAUUGAGCACCGAAUUAGUCGCAAACCAGCGAGAGAAUUCGGCUAUUUAUAGUGAUACCAAGUUACCGAGAGUUCGAAAAGAAGAUUGACGCCACGACAUAAGCGAAGAAUUAGAUUGUGCACCCAUGAAUUGUUAUGGUCUGAAGCACCAACGUAGGUGUUAAUUUUUGAGCUACUCAUUCAACUCACUCAAUUCGCAAGAUGUCGUUCUGUCGCAUCACCGGCAAAUGCCGGUCAUUACCUAAACCUAACUACUUUCCUAUGCUGCCACCAAUUUCACCGGCGGAUGCAAAACGAUUUUGUCGUAUUACCGGAAAAUCCUACGGAUUACCAGCGCACCAUUUCAUUCCUGUGAUGCUUAUCAAAAAUUCACUCAAAGAAAAGUGUAAGGUAACCAAUAUCGCCGGAGAACUGAGUCCUCACCAUUAUGUACCUGGUAAUUAUGGUAGUAGAAAGCACAUCGUCAUCUGUCAGCUUCGCUACGUACUGCCCAUCCUGGACUCCGAAGAUGACGCACAAAAAAAUUUAACCAACAUCCUUGGACAGAAAAGUAAACCCGUUGAGCAGAGCUUGUAUGUAUACAAAGUUGACGAGCGAAACUUUGGUCUUGUGUUUCCGGCCCGACUGGAAGCUGCCGUGCGGGAUGGAGAUGUUCGUGACAUGAUGCUCGCCAAGGAAUCUGAUAAAUUGCUUAUCAAACUUCGAAAAGGCAACAGCGUCUCGGUUAGUCUCCGAAAUGUGGAAUCGAAUGAUCUGAAAAACCUGUACGAAGGCGAAGGUCCUCGUGAAGAGGUUAUCAAAAAACGAGAACAGGAAGAAGCUAAGCGACCGAAAUCGAAAGGCAGAGCGAAUUUAUCCAGUAUCGCGAAUAUUUUCGAGCAAAAAGAGAAGUUAGAGGAACAACAAGAAGAACAGGAACAACAAUUUAUUGAAGCUCACCGAGAGAAAGCGGUGCGACUGGCAGAAGAACGCCGGGAAAGGCAGUUGGCCGAAAAUAUGAAAGCAUUGCGAUUGAACGAGCACCUCAUAGAGCAGGAAAGUGAACUAAGUGAUCUUAUCAAACCUAUGAUUGAAUCCUGGGACUGGAACACACUAGAAAAGGAAGCUCAGGAGAACAGUUCAAAUGUGACAGCUAUAAAAGCUUUACCCGAGGUUCAUCAGAUCACUCCGAUUAAAUUAACACCUAAGCUAAUCCAAGUAGACCGCGCCAUCCUCGAAAGAUCCUGUGGUGUGGAAGCGGCCUCAUUCGUGGGAAAAGUGACUCCAACAAAACUGGAAAUCAAAACCGAACGUCUCAACGCAAUGAAGACUCUGCCGGCUGGAGUAUUGGAUGCUUUGUCGCACGUUGAAGCGAAGCUAUCCGCACAAUCUGACCUGUUCCCCCAUCUGGAUGACUUGGCAUCCGUGGUGAGUCGACUUCACGAAUCCCAGCGCUCUGAGGUGGACGGAGUCCCAGGAGUCAGCUUGAUUGUCAAUCAUCAGAAUAUCUUCGUUCCUGGUCAAACGUUAACGGUCAACAACAAGCCAACAUUUGUACCCGGCCAAACGAUUGAGACAGAUAAUGGUAUUCUCGAAUUCAUCUCAGGAGUUACGAUCACUACACAUGACGGGGCGAUAAAAUUCGUUCCAGGUGAAAUUAAUCUUACCAAAACCGGCAAACCACAGAACUUCAUUGCUGGUAAAAUAAUCGAUGGAAAGUUCGUAUGCGGUCAAGUUAUGACCAUAAACGAUGAGCCUCAAUUCGUGCCAGGACAAACGAUUGUUACUCCUGAAGAAGUAACUAAAUUCGUUGCCGGAAUUGUUGACGAAUCUUCGGGAGCUUUUGUAGCCGGUCAAAACGUUGAAACACCGGAUGGAGUUAAAUUUAUUCCAGGUCAAACAAUCACUGUUCACGGAAAAGAGAAAUUUAUACCCGGACAAAUGGUUAUGAAUAGAAACAAAGAAAUGGUUUUCGUGCCAGGCCAAACGGUCGUGAAUGAGGAUGGGAUGUCGCUGUUUGUUCCAGGUAAAACUAUAGUUACUCAGGAAGGUGCUAAGUUUAUUCCGGGUCAGUAUGCGAAUGAUACCUUCGUUCCUGGAUUGGCCAAAGGAGAAGUAUUUGUACCUGGUGUAAACAUUGAAACCAAAGAGGGUUCCAAGUUUGUUGAAGGUCAAAUUGUCCACACGAAACACGGCGAUGUAUUUAUGCCGGGAUCUACAACGGUGUCUAAAGACGGCCAGAUUCAGUUCGAAAUUGCCUCCACAAUCGAUGCCGUUCAAUUUAGUGAAGCAAGUCCAGUUGGCAUGGUAAUGGAUAGUGGCAGCAUGAAAAUAACCGAGCCUACUUUGUGUGCCUUCGGAAACAUAGUACAAAAUGAUGACGGAGUAGCGUUCUAUCCGGAGAAAAUAAAGAAGGAACAACUUCCGACGGGUAAGGUCGUUCCGGGAAAGUUGAUCAAACAACAAGCUCAGACUAAAUUCAUUCCCGGCAUCAAUGUGGACGAUGGCUUUAUUCCUGGUCAAGUAGUGCUGACCGAUCAUGGUGAACAGUUCGUACCCGGACAAGUUAUCGAGACUAGUGAGGGUUUGAAAUUUGUCCCGGGUCAAAUAAUAGAAACUAAGAAUGGGUCCAAAUUUGUGCCUGGUCAAACGAUGCAUACAGUAGAUGGUCCUCGGUUCGUUCCGGGGCAAAUCUUAAACACGAAAGCGGGACCUACGUUUAUCCCCGGACAAGUUAUUUCCACAGAUGAUGAUGGGGAGAAAUUUGUGCCAGGACAGAUAGUCGAUACGGACGAUGGUCCACGGUUCGUUCCGGGACGCGUAGUGGAAACGGAGAACAAGGUUACCUUCAUUCCGGGUAGAAUUGUUCAGACUGCUGAUGGGCCGAAAUUCGUUGCACCUGAUCUCAAGGAUACCGAGGAUGGCGACGAAGAGUUCCAUGUGCAGAGUUUUACGGUGACUCCGGAGGAGUUGAAGCUUUUGAAGCCUAAUCAAACGACAACUACUUUAGAGUCGACGGAAAGUACCUUGGUAGUUACGUUGGACAGUUCUAUGUUGCAGCAGUUAUCCGAGGCUGGAAUGCACGUUGGCCGUCAGGUUGAAGCGUCGGCUGUUGAUUACGUGCUGCAAAGUACUAAGGAAAGGAAAGCUUUACAACACUUUAUAACAGAGCACCACAUUCAGGCUGCUAGCAUCGAAGUUAUGGAGAACAUUUUUGAUGGGUUGAAAAAAGUGUGCAAACAAAUAAACCUGGAAUCUUUGCAGUACGGAGGAUAUGAAGAUAAGCUUGUGGACGUAUCUGCAUGCAAUGGUUCGACGGGGGUUGUUGAAAUGCUUGCUAUCAACCUGGUCACAAUCCUGACCAACGCGGAUGAGUCCGAAAAUCGUAAUAUGUAUGAAGUUAUCGCAGAAGCUAUUAAGAUGUCUAGUAAUGAGUACAGUAUCGAAGAACUCCAGCAUGCAAUGGAAAGCCCGAUUGCUUCUGAUUAUCUCGCGAGUGUUAUGAAUAGGACCAUAGUAAGAAAUAAUAUAGAUCAAAAGCUGAAAACUAUUACUGCUUACGUUGAAGACAUUGAAGAUGGCGCAGAUGUCGUCGGAUCGACACCACAUGGCGCAAUAGAAGAGUUCUGCCAGCUGUUGAACAAUGACCAAAUGUCGGAGGCGUUUGUUAAUUUGUUGAAGAAAGAUGAAAAGUUAUUCAAAUCGAUUGUGAGUAGUUUGAAGUCUUCCGGUGUAGUGGACGAUAGUGUUAAUAUUUCGGAUAUAUUACAAGCGGCUGUUGUGGACAGUAUUCAAGACAGGGCACAAACGGCCAUGGUUGAGCUGCUCAAUGAUCAAAACCGAGUGCAGUUGACUAGUUUGUUGAAGAAAUCUGGAGGGUUGGCUGCGGCCUUGGGACACAGUAAAGAGGCGGAAAUGUUCCAAUACCUGGCGACGCAUCCGAAAGCACUGAGAGAUCUGAACAAGGAAGAUGAGUUAUUCACCAUAGUUAAUAGAGUAUUGAUAAUGGAAGAACUUGCAGAAGACGACGACGAAUGCAGAGAACUGAUUGACAGUUUAGAGAAGACACCUGCACAUGCAACAAAAAGUGACAAGCUGCGGGAGUUGAUUCGUCAAAGUGGAGCUCUGACUUUUGUUCCUAUGAAAAAACUACUAAUCGAAACAUCGAAAGAUGUACCAAUUUCCUUGUUUUACACUAACAAUCGGCUUGCGAUUGACGAAUUCUUCCUUAAGAGCGGCCAAGUACAACGGUACAGCCCGAAGGCGUUUCUAAUUAUUAAAAAAGGAAUACAGGCAGUAAUUCCAAGAGAAUCUAGUCAUGAGGUGCUCGCCGGAAAGAUUGCUUAUACCGUACUGGAUGAAAACGGCAUUCGUCACUUCCAGCCGAUGAAUGUACUAAAUGCGCUGAAAAUAACGCCGCGUUACUCGCAUCGCUUUUCGAUGUACACUUGUGAUAUCCGCGAGGAUCCGGACAAUGAUACGCUUAGCAGUAACAGUAGCCACGACGGAGAUCUGGAGGACUCAAGCAACCACUAUCGAUCCCUGUCCCGGCGAGGUUCGAUGUACAGUAGCGGCUCCAGUAAUGGAUACGACUUUAACAGGAGAGGAGACAGACUGGAUUUCAUGACUGCAACGACCCGUCGAAAGUCACUGAGGAAUGGUUUCAAUCAUCCCUACCACACGUACCAUCGUCAGGAUAGUUUUAAGACCCUCCCAAUGGCAAUGCGAAUUGCGAUUAAGGCAUCACUCUCUAGAGAAGCUCCGAUCAUCAAAUCCGCCAGCCGAAGCUAUAUCCCGCGAUCACCGACGAUGACCCGGCUAAAGUGAUUCGUCGAAGUUUACAGUAUGUUUCGUCUAGCGAUAGAAUAAUUUUACUUCUAAUAUAAUCAAAUGUCGUGCGCUAAAUUUAGUGGUUUCAGCAAACAGCUCUCAGAUUUUGUGAACAUUUUCCAAAAUAUAUCUGGCGUUAGGUCUUUUUAAUACAAUAUAAUCACAUUGUCCAGUAUUUUGACAGAAAAAAUUAUUUUGCUGAAAAAUAAAACCAGAAACGAUGUAUACAUUCAAUGAAUCAUGUACAGAUUUAAGAUGAGAAACCCAAAUAAUGCAAUAAAAGAAAUACGAAAAUCAA